AUGGGUCGCAAUAGAUCCGAGCUUCUAGAAAAUAGUUCCUACUUUGGUGCAUUCAGGCUAUUGAGCUAUACGAUAAACUCAAUAGAGCAUUUCGUCCUCCCCGCCACGUUGAGUGGAAUCAACACACCGAGCGGCGGACCCCAG